AUGGCCCGGUAUAACGUCGCUGCCGGCAACGUUUCAUCGGUGCGCAAUCAACUUGGCUUCUCCUCUGUCUACAUGGGCUGGGUUCUCUCUGCAGGGUCUUGGGCGUACGCCGUCAGCUCUCCUUUCACGGGGCAAAUUACCGAUUAUAUUGGCGGAAGAAAGGGCAUGAUCCUUUCGUGUGUCGGAGCAGCACUCUGCAAUCUAGCACUCGGAGUCAUCUUUCUCAGCAACGGGUCGCAUGUUGUGAGGCAAAUCUUCUUCAUUGUUUUCUACGCGGCGAACUUCCUCAUGCAGGGCUUCGGUACGAGCGCUGUGGUAAAGAUCAACGCGGCUUGGUACCUGGCAAGUGAACGAGGAGUGUUUGCUGGUGUUUUCAAUACAAUGUUGACGAGCGGAUACUACUUGUCACUGGGCACCGGCAGCAGCAUUAUCGAGUCUUUGGGCUGGGCCUACGUCUUCAUUAUUUCGGGUGGUGCUCUGCUCGUGAUAACUACAUUUCUUGGAUACCUUGCCGCGUUAUUUUUCCUCUGCUGGACUCGUGACGGCUUUCUCAACUGGUUCCUCUCCUUCUUCGACGAUGUGCGUUCGACGCCGUUAACAUCGAGUGACACGGCUAUCAUUGGAGGCGCCUGGACUAUUGGAGGGUUCGUCGGAGGCAUCCUUUGCGGCUGGAUCAGUGAUGCUGCUGUCGUACUCGGGGCAACUACACGCUGCUGA